AAGGAGCCGCAGAGCGCAUCCCGCUGUCGCAGCAACAAUACUUGGAUCCCUGGACGACUCGCGAUCCUGCCUUCUUCAGGCAUCCUACGGCAGAGCAGCUUGCGGCCAUCAGAGAAGAAGAGGAGGAGGACGAGAGUAUCGGGAGUGACGAAGACGACGACGGAUUGGAAGAAGGCGGGAACAGCGACGAAGAACUUGGCGAAGAAGACGAGACCCCCGAAGAAGGAAGCUAUAGCGAGCAUAGCGAAGGGGAACAGAGCGAAGAAGAAGAAGAAAGCGAGGAAGGAGAAGAGGAGCACGACGAAGAGCCUGCUGGAUCAGAGUGGAGAGCCGUGCCAGAAGAAGCGCUGUGUACGGGUACGGAGGCUGAGGAUCUAGAGGCGGCCCGCAAAAGAAAAGAGAUCGCGGCUGUGAAGGAGUUAGAGCUCGCAAGCGCGGCAAGUCUGCAGAUUCACGACGAUCCGAGCAGAGAUCCGGAGCCGCCCCGGCCUGAAGAUGGCGACCUCGCGGCCAUGACUCCGACCCCAUCAGCGCGGCGACGGAGCCGAUCCCCCUCCUCCUCAACCCGUCCCCCAGUUCGCCGACGUACCGAUACGGGCGAUCGGUCUUCGUCCCCGAUCACUCUCUCGCCGUCCCCUUGACUACCUCACCCUCCGCCAGCUCACCACCCCCAUCACGUUCCCCUCCAAUCCAUUUCCUAGCGACACCUUCCGCCACUUCUACGUUGCUCGCCUCGC